GAUAUUGAGGAAAAAACACCCGAUACUACUAUUAUACAGUAGUAUUUUGUUUUUAUAAUUUUCCGGGUCUACCAAACCCAAGCCACCCGUUACACAGAUCGAGAAAAAUAACUAACCCAAUCGUGUACUCCACCUCAGUUGCCCCUCUCUCUCUCUCCCUCCUUCGAGCUUGGUCUCGAAUUUUGGAGCUUGAUCAAUAUGGCAGAAGGUGAAAAUGGAUCAACAACACUACCGGUGUCUCCCUAUGACGAGGCAAUGGAUGCUCUGUCCUCUCUGAUUACAAAGCGUACUCGUGCUGAUAAGAGCAAUAGCGGGGACCGCUAUGAUUUAAUGUUUGAUUAUCUGAAAAUUCUGGAACUGGAUGAGCCAAUUUCACAGAUGAAGGUCAUCCACGUAGCAGGCACUAAAGGAAAGGGAUCAACUUGCACUUUUACGGAAGCUAUAUUACGUAAUUGCGGGUUCCACACCGGGCUUUUUACAUCCCCUCAUCUCAUUGAUGUUCGAGAAAGAUUUCGAUUAGAUGGUGUGGACAUAUGCGAGGAGAAGUUUUUGGCAUAUUUCUGGUGGUGUUUUGAUAGACUGAAGGAAAGAACUGAUGAUGACAUAACACCAAUGCCUACUUAUUUUCGAUUUCUCGCCCUACUUGCAUUCAAGAUAUUUGCAGGAGAGCAGGUGGAUGUUGUCAUCUUGGAAGUUGGUUUAGGAGGAAAGUUUGAUGCAACAAAUGUGGUUCAGUCACCAAUCGUAUGUGGAAUAUCGUCCCUGGGGUAUGACCACAUGGAAAUCCUUGGGAACACAUUAGAAGCAAUUGCUGGAGAGAAGUCUGGUAUCUUAAAGAGAGGAGUUCCUGCCUUCACAGUUUUCCAGCCUGAUGAAGCUAUGCAUGUGCUUGAAGAAACAGCUUUAUCGUUAGAUGUACCUCUUAGAGUAGCAACUCCAUUGGAUCCAAAUCUACUGAACGGCCAAUAUCUUGGACUUCAUGGUGAUCACCAGUACGUAAAUGCUGGUUUAGCUAUAGCCUUGAGCUCUACUUGGCUUCAAAAGACUGGUCAUCUUAAUUUCAAUUAUCUGGAUGGAACUAGUUCUCUGCCUGAGCAAUUUAUUAAAGGGCUUACAACAGCUGCAUUGCAAGGUAGAGCCCAGAUAGUCCCUGAUCAGUUCAUUGAUACUGAGAGGCAAGAAGAUUUGGUGUUCUAUCUGGAUGGAGCCCAUAGUCCUGAAAGUAUGGAAGUAUGUGCAAAAUGGUUUUCUCUUGCCAUCGAACAAGAUAAUGAACAUCGUAAAAACUUGAGUACUCAGUUACCUGAUAACUCUAGCAUAUCAAGGAAAAACUCCUCACAGAUAUUGUUAUUUAAUUGUAUGUCGGUGAGGGACCCACAACUGCUCCUUCCACGAUUGAUAAACACCUGCGCUAGCCAUGGAGUUCACUUCAAGCAGGCGCUGUUUGUACCAAAUGUAUCAGUGUAUAACAAGGUUGGGACUAGUAAUGUAGCACCAAUUGAUUCCCAGGUUGAUUUGUCAUGGCAGUUGACUCUUCAAAGAUUAUAUGAAUAUAUCAUCCGCGGAGAAAAAGUUGCAGAAAUCACUGGUGAUGAAGUUAAAGAGGAAUCUGAAAGUCAUAUAAAGAGGUGUGAGAACAGCACUGUGUUUCCUUCCCUCCCUCUUGCUAUCAAAUGGUUGAGAGACAAUUCACAACGUAAUCAGUCUGUUCGCUAUCAGGUCCUUGUAACUGGUUCUUUACAUCUUAUUGGUGAUGUGUUGAAAUUAAUCAAGAAGUGAGCCAUGGAUUAAUCACAUCCCUAUAAUGACUCUGCUUACACCAGUCAUGACAUCAUGAUACCUGCUGACAUGUAUGGUUUUACUAUUGAGUUGCUUCUGAAAGUGGUUGAAAAUAACUGUUGCCGGGGUCUCAUAGAAGAAAAUCUUGAUGUGUGGCAUUAAUGUGCUUUCAAAGAUUUGUUGUUUUUUGCCCUAUGUUAAAUGUGCUAAAGUUACAUGUGCUAAUAUCUGCGAGGAUCUCAAGGAAAACAGAAGAUUUGUUUUAGUCUUCCAGGAAUUGGGGACAUUCAAGUAACUUACAGCAGAUUAUAAAAUCAGUUUAUAGAAAUGCAGUUAUUUAUCUGUGCAUGAAAUCACACAAUAUAUUUUGUAUUAUAUAAAUUUCAAGAGUGCUACAAAUAUAACACAAUGGUUAGCUAUAA